AUGAGCCGCCGUCCCGUCUACUUCAAUCCCUUAGCCAAAUCAUGGACGGCACCGUCGCCGGAUGACCCUCAGCUGGCAUACCGCUUCCAUUCAGAGUUACCGGCUUAUUCUCCGACCAAACUGAUCCCUCUCGCGGACCUGGCGCAGGAGCUCGGCGUGCGCUCCAUUCACCUCAAGGAUGAAACAAGUCGGCUUGGGCUCCCUUCGUUCAAGAUCCUCGGCGCCUCAUGGGGCACGUUUCGGGCCAUUAUCCAGCGACUUGGCCUUCCCCUAGACUCUUGUCUGGGCUCUGUCAAGCAGAAGUUGGCAUCUUCGAGUAUCACCCUCUACGCAGCCACGGAUGGCAAUCAUGGCCGGGCCGUUGCUCGCAUGGCCUCCAUCCUGGGCGUCCCAGCCCAAAUCCACGUCCCUGUUUCCCUGCACCAAGGUACCAUUGAUCUGAUAAAGUCAGAGGGUGCUCGUGUCGUCAUCUCAGACGGCUUCUACGACGCUGCCGUUGUUGACGCCCAAGUGGUGGCUGCCAAAGACGAUACCGGCCUUGUUGUUCAGGACUAUGCAUCGGGCAACUACGUUCAGAUUCCACAAUGGAUUGUCGAUGGCUACCUCACCAUGAUGCUGGAAAUCGACGGCCAGCUGGGCUGUACUACCCCUGACCUCGUCGUGGUGCCUGUGGGCGUCGGAUCUUUUGCACAAGCCGUCGUAACACACUACAAAAAGCCCGGAAAACAAACUACAGUCUUGACCGUGGAACCUGAUACGUCUGCCAGUCUGUGGAAAAGCCUCAAUAAUGGCGAGUCCUCUACCACGUCGGAAAAGGCACCCAGCAUCAUGGCGGGGCUAGACUGCGGGACGCCCUCAUCGAUCUCUUGGGCUGUCCUACGACACGGGGUCGAUGCUAGCCUCACAAUAUCCGACUACGAGGCUCACGAAGCUUGCGAAUACUUGAAGUCUCGAGGUGUUUCCGCAGGACCCUGUGGAGCCGCACCCAUCGCUGCGCUUAGGAGAUUGGGGCCAGCGGAUAGAGAAAGGCUGGGUCUAACCAAAGACUCGGUUGUCCUUGUCUUUUGCACGGAGGGUGCGAGAGACUAUGAUGUUCCUCACAGCGUGGCGUGCGAUGAUCCCGUCGAGCUAACGCAGACAUUGGUAAGAAUCAACUCGGCCAAUCCGUUUCUUGGUUCGGUCCCCGGCCCUGGAGAAACCGUUAUUGCCCGCUAUAUCACUGCUUGGAUGGAGCAUCGUGAUAUUGAGGCUCAUUGGAUUGAGCCAACGCCCGGACGGCCUUCUGUGGUAGGCAUUGUUCGCGGAUCGGGCGGUGGCAAGACCCUUAUGCUUAAUGGGCACAUCGACACUGUGACCCUUAUGGGAUACGAAGGCGAUCCCCUCAGCGGUGACAUCCGAGACGGAAAGCUCUAUGGCCGUGGGGCCGCUGAUAUGAAAUGCGGCGUAGCAGCCGCCAUGAUCACUCUAGCCAACGCAAAAAAGCACACACUUAGGGGAGAUGUGAUCUUCACAGGCGUGGCAGACGAGGAGUUUGAGAGCAUCGGCACGCAGCAGGUAUUGGAAGCGGGUUGGACAGCUGACGGCGCAGUUGUCAGUGAGCCCACAAACUUGGAUAUUCUAUACGCGCACAAGGGCUUCGUAUGGUUUGAGGUCGAUAUCCAUGGCCUCGCGGCACACGGCUCGAGAUACGACCUCGGUAUUGAUGCUAUCAGCAAGGCAGGCUAUUUCCUCGUCGAAUUGGAUAAGCAUGCAAGCCAUCUUACAUCGCAGUGCGGCGAUGCUGUUCUUGGCCCAGGCAGCAUUCACGCCUCCCUCAUCAAGGGUGGCGAGGAAGUCUCGUCCUACCCUUGCCUCGCUCGGAUCCAGCUCGAGCGGCGAACCGUGAACGGCGAGACACCGGAAACUGUAAGGAAAGAGCUCGAGGAAAUACUCGACGGCCUGACCAAAACAGUCCCCAACUUCAGAUACAGUCUCCGCACCACCUUCCACCGGUCUCCCUUCAAGGCUGACCUUGCCCAUCCCUUUACAAAACUCGUCCACAAGCAUGUGGGUAGCACCAUCGGCAAGGAGCCAGUUGUCUCAGGUGCCCCCUACUGGACGGACUGCGCACUAUUAGAAGACGCUGGGAUUCCGGCAUUACUCUGGGGGCCCAAAGGUGAAGGGCUGCAUGGGAAGUUGGAGUAUGCAGAUGUUGAGUCGAUAAAGCAGGUCGCAGAGGCAUUGACUGCAAUCGCUAUGGAGUUUUGCAGCUAG